AUGCUAUCUUCUCAUCACCUUCGCCAUCAGACAUUCAAAACUAAACGCCUCUCUCAUUUCCUUCUCCUGAAUCCCAAUCGGUACCUCAAACCGUCAAAAUCGUUCUCGUCAAAUCAAAGCUUGAAACCCAGAAUCCCCAAAUCUCUUCUCCAUCAGAUUGAUUCCUGUGAAACCCUCGAACAGUUGAAACAAAUCCACGCCAGAUCCAUCGCUUCCGGCCUCGCGUAUGACCAUCUCAUACUGACCAAGAUUGCUGAAUCCUUCUUAAACAGUAGGAAUCUCGAUUACGCGACAAGGGUGUUUGUUCGGAUCCGAGAGCCUGGGAUUUUUGUCCGGAAUGCCCUUAUCCGGGCGUAUUCCUCAUCUGAAACUCCGUCGUUUGCGAUAUCUAUCUAUAAUGAGAUGUGGACUGGUGACGAUGUGGGGCCUGAUAAUUACACAUUCCCUUUUGUUUUCCGGGCUUGCGCAAAUUAUUCUGCUAGCGAGAAAGGGAGAGAGGUUCAUGGGGUGAUUAUAAGAAUUGGGUAUGACUCGGAUCGGUUUAUAAGGAGUUCUUUGCUUGGUUUUUAUGCUGCCUGUCUAGGAAUUGGUGAUGCAAAGCAAGUGUUUGAUGAAUCUACGGAGAGGGAUGUUGUCUUUUGGAAUGCCAUGAUCAUGGGUUAUGCACGAGCAGGGGGUGCUUUGGAAGCUUUUCAGCUUUUUAAAGAGAUGGAAUUUGGGACGAUGAGGCCCAAUGAGGGAACAAUGUUGGGUUUAAUUGUGGCAUGUGCAAUGACAAAAGACAUGGGAUUAGGGAGAGAGAUUCAUGGUUAUGUGAAGAAGAAUGUCGGAUCUAUGAUUGGGGUGAGAGUGGGGGCUUCCUUGAUUGAUUUAUAUGUGAAAUGUGGGAACUUAAAUUAUGCACAAAAACUGUUUGAUGAGAUGCCUGAAAGAAACACCAUUGUGUGGAAUUCUUUGAUUUGUGGUUAUUCGAGGAGUGGAUCCCCAACCCGGGCAAUUGAACUUUUCAUGGAAAUGCAUGCUUCUAAUGUUAGACCAGACAACUUCACAAUCUCAAGCAUUCUUUCUGCUUGUGCCCAAACAGGUGCUUUAAAUCUAGGUGAUUGGGUACGAAGGUACGUUGAGAAGAACGGGAUUUCUGAUGUCUUUGUGGCGACUGCUUUGGUAGACAUGUAUUGCAAAUGUGGGUCAAUCGCAUUAGCAAGAGAAAUUUUUGAUCAAAUGCCCAGUAGAAACAUAGCUACAUGGAAUGCCAUCCUUUGGGGCCAUGCAUUGCAUGGGCAUGCACAAUGCACAUUAGAUCUCUUCCAUGAGAUGACGAAGUGGGGCGUUAAACCAGAUUCAAUCACAUUCCUCGCCAUCUUAAGUGCUUGUGCUCACGCAGGCUUGGUUGAAGAUGGGUGUCAAUAUUUGGAUUCGAUGAAAGAUUAUUACAAGAUCCCGCCCACUGUUGAGCACUAUGGAUGCAUGGUAGAUCUUCUCGGAUGUGCCGGGCUUCUUAGGGAAGCCAAGGAGUUGAUAGAAAAAAUGGAGAUUGAGCCGAACAUUGUUGUAUGGGGUUCAUUGCUUAGUGCUUGUAGCAUUCAUGGCAAUGUCGAGAUAGGUGAGCAGGCAGCUGCCCACGUCUUUGAGUUGGAUCAAAUGGAUGGUGGAUCUUAUGUGCUUUUAUCAAAUAUGUAUGCUGUGGCUCGAAGGUUUGAUGGUGUUAAGGCAGUACGAGAGAUGAUGGCUGAGAGGGGGGUCCGAAAGCCUCCUGGAUGUAGCAUGAUUGAGGUUGGCAAUGUUGUUCAUGAGUUUGUGGUGGCAGACAAAGCACACCCUAGAUCUGAAGAGAUUUACUUGGUGUUGGAUGAGUUAAGCAGGAAACUGAAGGUGGCAGGCUAUGUGCCGAUGCUGGCGAUAGAUCAAGAUAAGUAG